UGAAGCAAAAUUCCAAAUUUCUAUAUUCAUUAAUUACUCCAAACUUCCAUAAUAAUCUCAUUCAUUGUAUAUUUCCUUUUCAAACUCUCUUUAUCUUUCUCUGAUACUCCCUUCUCACCUUCCUGACUAAUACAAGCAAUCCACCUGCCAAAAUCCUCUGUCGGCCCUGACUCAAGGUUAAAUUAGUCGGAGUCUAAUAAAGUCUAAAAUCCCGACUCAUAUAAGAACCUGUUGAAAUUCCUUCUCGGGUCCUAUCUUGACUCAAAUUCAGAUUAGUAAUACAGAGUAAUCCUUGAAACGAAAUCCACCCAAAAUACUCAUAAUAAUCUAUCAAAAGUAACAACUUUUUUUAUAAGAUACCCAGAAAUCUGAAAAACUGAGAGUCAAUUCAAUCAAUUUCAAUGGGGUGUUCAGCUUCAAGACUUGAUACCCUUCUAGCAAAAGCCAUUGAAGAUCCUUCAUUUUCUCUCUCCUCUCAUCACUCGUCGUUUUCUUCUUCUUCAGCAACUGCUGCUACUUCUUCUUCAGCAACUGCUGCUACUUCUUCUUCAUCAUCAUCUUCUUCUUCUACUUCUUCUGUAAUUCCAAAACCUCGUUCUCUUUCAACCCCUUUAGUUCAUCAUCCUGCGAUUCGAAAAGGCGAUACUCAUCACCUUGUUUCUCUCACCUCUACUACUUAUGGGUCUCUUAUUGUCGUCGACAACAACGCUUCCGCCGUUGACGGCGGCGAUUUCUCCGGCCAAUCAUCGCCGGAUUCUGUGAUCAACACAUGGGAGCUUAUGGAAGGGCUUGAGGAAGAGGCGGAAGAAGAGUCUAAUCAUGAAUUUGGUAACGACUUUAAGCUUAAAUCUUUGAAUUCAUGUGAUUUUGAUGAUACCCAGAAAAAACCCACCUUGAGAUUAAGCUUAAAUUUUACUGAUUCUGUGAAAAAAUUGAGUGACUCCUAUGUGUUUGUUGAAAUGCCUCAACCAAAAGUUGAGGAAGGGAAGUUGGAUUCUAACCUAAAUUCGAAACCCUUGUGGCAACUUUUGUCUGAGGAGUCAUUGUUAUCUAAAAUGGACCCUAAUGUUGCUUCUAGCUAUCAAAAGGCGCUAUCAGCUAAAAAUUUGGGGUGUAAUACAUCUAUGAGGAUGAAUAAUCCAGUGGGUUCGAGUCCAUUUGCCCCUAAAUUUACCAAGAGUGUGGAUUCCGGUGCUGUGGUCUCGAAUUUAUGUGGUGAUGAUAAUGAUGUUGGUAAGGUUAAGGUGGGUGGUUUUAAGGACAAGAUUGUGCUAUAUUUUACUAGUGUGAGAGGGAUUAGGAAGACUUAUGAGGAUUGUAGCGCGGUUCGAUUGAUACUCAGAGGGUGUAGGGUGAUGGUGGAUGAGAAAGAUAUUUCUAUGGAUUUAACUUAUAAGAAGGAAUUGCAAAGUGCACUUGGUGGAAAAGCAUUCAGUUUGCCCCAACUGUUUAUUGGAGGGAAGCAUAUAGGAGGUGCUGAUGAGAUCAAACAGUUGCAUGAAAAUGGAGAGUUGGAGAGGCUGUUGGAUGGAUUUCCUAUUCAGGAUUGCGGGUUUGCAUGUGAGAAUUGUGGUGAUGCGAGGUUUGUUCCUUGCUCGAAUUGUUACGGAAGCCGGAAGGUUUUCCUAGAAGAGGAAGGACGAACAAGUAGGUGCCCUGAAUGCAAUGAGAACGGGUUAGUUCGUUGUCCAGGCUGUUGCUCAUGAAUGUACUUUUGUUUCAUUCAUUCAUUUUACUACGAAACUUCAUCGGUUUCUUGGUAAUAAUUAAUUCUUCCUGUAUGUUUAUGCCUAGGUCUGGAUCAGUUUAAUGUGUCCUUUAUUCUUAUAUAUCAAUAUCUUUUGCCAUUGGAUGCAUCGCCAAAUUGUUCAUUUUUCUCUUAGGAUCUUGGACAAAUAAAUACUGAACUUGAUUGCGUGUAUCCAAAAUUGGUAUAAUGUAAAGUUGUAGUGAAGGUUGAUGAAUUCUCUAAGAUGCUCUAAUCUUUUAUCUGGAUCUGUCUGUUUCAAUAAGUUUAAAGGCCAAAUUUCCAUAUAUUUAAGUGCUUGCUGUUGACUAUA